AUGGACCAACUCUUCCUCGUGAGUGUCCCCGCUCGUUCGCCUCUGUCAUCGGUGCUGGCGCCCACUCAGCUGGAGAAGCUCCUCACCAUCAUGGCCUGCUCUCCCGACGACCUCUACAAGGAUUUCCCGCACCUGCUCGCCUGCUUCCUCUCUGUCCUUGCCAGCGCUCCACCCUUGAUGCCGUCCCUGCGCCGGAAUGUCAACCUACGCGAACCGCAAUGA